GGUAUGAAAGAUGUUGCUUCGACUAAAAACAAGGAGCGAGACUUGAGUGAUUAUAAAACAGAAUCUUUGAAGCCUAAAAGAUGGGAUGAAAGUUUAGAAAAACCAUCAUUAGACUAUUCAGAAAUAUUUGACGAAGAUGCAGGUCAAGUACCAGGACUGUCAGUUUGGGAAAUCGAAAACUUUUUACCAAACCAAAUCGAAGAAGUUGCUCAUGGAAAAUUUUACGAAGGAGACUGUUACAUAAUUUUAAAAACAAUUUUAGAUGAAAGUGGCUCUUUGAUGUGGUCAAUUUUUUUUUGGAUUGGUGAGAAAGCUACACUCGAUAAACGAGCGUGUGCUGCGAUCCAUGCAGUUAAUUUACGGAAUUUCCUUGGAGCUCAAUGUCGCACAAUUCGGGAAGAGCAAGGAGAUGAAUCAGAUGAUUUCUUACUCUUAUUUAAUUCAGAUAUUACGUAUAUUGAAGGUGGCAGAACAUCAUCAGGGUUUUACACAGUUGAUGAUACACCUAUUAUCUCUCGCUUAUAUCAAGUACACUUGAUUGGUGCAUCGAUCCAUUUAGAACCAGUUUUAAUCAACCCAGAUAGUUUAAAUUCAAACUUCGUUUUCAUUUUCGAUACUUACCGAAAAAUAUAUUUAUGGUAUGGAAAAAAUGCAAAAAAUACAUUGAAAUCAAAAUCUAGAUUAAUGGCUGAAAAAAUCAAUAAAAAUGAAAAACGAUUUCAAGCUGAAAUUGUGACUGAGAUUAUGGGCAUGGAAUCAAAUGAGUUCUGUUCAUGCUUAGGAGUAGAUAAAUCUAAUUUAGUGAUAAAGAAUCAUGAUGAAGCAGAUUUUAAAAUAUCAAUUCCUCGUUUAUAUCAAGUACGACUUGGGAUGGGUUAUUUAGAACUUCCGCAAGUAGAAGUUUCACGAAGCAAAUUAACCCCCGAUCAUUUAAAUAGCAAAAAUGUAUACAUUGUGGACUGUUAUUCCGAUGUUUUCGUUUGGUUUGGAAAAAAAUCGACACGUUUAGUCAAAGCCGCAGCAGUUAAACUUUCACAAGAACUGUUUAAUAUGAUCGACCGACCAGAAUUUGCUUUAGUAAUGAGACUUCAAGAAGGCAGUGAAUGUCAGAGUCAGCAACAUAACCAAAAGCAACCCCACUGGAUUUCCAUCCACCAUGCCUUUGGAGCGUAGUUAAAUCACCACCAGCAUCAACUAAUAAUGUUGCGG